ACAGGAGCCGAUAUACGUGUUGGAAAAUUAGAAGUUGUUGAUCACUUCAUCAAGGAAGUAAAUCUGAAUGAAUUGAAAAUUAAUCAUGAGGAGAAGAAAGUAAAUAGCAAGCAGAAGAAAGUAAAUAGCAAGCAUCAGGUCGCAUCAGACACGUUUUCAUCUCUCCGAGUGUCAGUAGGCAGUGCUGAGGAACUGUCCUCAGAAUCAACCUGUACAGGCCUUGGAAAUCAGGACAAAGGAUUAUUACUAAAUGGUAUGUUUAAUGAGGAGGAAUCUGCAAAGUCUUUUCAGGAAGCUUUGCUUCAAUGGAGAAAAGGUAAUCGUGAUCACAGAGAACAACUCCAUGCCAGUGAGGUCCUAUCAGAAUCUGUGGGAAUUUGUGAAGUACAGACCAAUCUUACUGUUAUGAAGGAACCUAUCCAAAUUGAAUUCAAGAAGGAUGGCCUGAGCUACAUGGAGAAACUCUUGCUUAAGAAAUACAGAAGAACUCCUGUUGAUCAAAUUUCUGGUAGUUGCAUUAAAGAUUUAAGGCCUGUGCAAACACUGAGUGUACAUCAGCCUGUGAUUGGAGAAGGGGGAGAAGGAGAUGAUGAUGACGAUGUCAAUGGCUUAACAGUUGAAGAGGUGAAGAGGUACUGGACAUCUGUUUUUAGAGAGGAAGUACCCAACACUAUUUCUGAAAGUACAGAGUCCUCUUUGAAAAUUGAGUUCCUUGAUGAUUCUUAUGGCAAGGACUUGGAAGAAUCAUCUAAACUUCUGGUGAUGGAGGCUGGGGCUGUGGGAGUGAGUAAGCAAGGAAAAACUGAACCACUGAAGCAGUGUGGAAGUGGUUCAGCAGCUGCAGAUCAGAAUGACCCAGUACCAGACCUUUUGCCAACAGAAACUGUAGGCAUAAUGAGAAAGUCAUCUUGUCAUUUAAUUUCCACAGCUGACACUCGAUAAUUUUUUCUUGACAGCAAUCCUGUUUCUUCUAAAGAAAUUUCUCAAGGAAAAAUGGCUGUCUGCAGUCUUGAAAGAAAUACAGUGCAAAAGGAGAGUUCUAACCUAAAGACUAUGACAAGAUCACUUAGCUCCUGUAAACUACCUGAGAAGAUUUCUAACCCUACUGAACUAAUGAGCAACAAAUAUCUCCUUAAGACACAACUGCAGAAACCCAAUAAAGAUUCUCAGGAACUGGACAGUGUCUGCAAUAGCCAGAGUUUGGUUUUGCCUGUAAGUACAAAGUCUUCAGUGUUACAGGAUGUAGCCAAAAGACAGAAACCUGUUUCUACACAGUAUUGGGGACUUGAAGGUUUCUUUGUUGUAGGUGCAAACCCUAAGCAAGUAAUGCUCGAAGCACGUUCUUCACUGUGUGCUGACUCUAGCCCUGUGGACAGUAGUAUCCCAUUUCCAGGAGAUGGAAAGUGGGUUACUGAAAGGAGCUUAAAUGAAUAUGCUGAUGACUCUGUAGUUCAAGGUGUCUUAGCAAGUCAGUUGAACAGACCUUCAAGUGGUUUGGAGACUCAAAAUAGAAUUUCUCCCCUGACAGUAGCGUGGAGGUCAUACCCAGGGAAUGAUUCUAGAAGGCCUUGGUCAACAAAUAUGCUACGCUGUAAACUGACUGGAAAUUGUCCAGCAAACAAACAGCCAAGACCAAAGAGUUCACCUGUGCGUAUGUUUAGAGUUGAUACUGAGCUAUCAAAACACAAGUGCCUUGAUGUAACUAAACAAGAUGAGUAUCUUUGGGAAUAUGUUGCUGACCAAGAAGCCCUACUUGCUCUGGAAAAAGAAUUACAAAGUUAUACAGGUCCUGAAAAACCUUACAGCUUAACUUCUGAAGAUGUAACCAGCAGACACUCAGAGAAGGUAUGUGGAAAUACUACAGAUUACCAUAAAAACCUGGAGCUAAAAGGCCACAGCAGAGUUGAUACUCUCAGGGGCUGGGAUGAAAGCCAAACGGAUGAUGAGGAAGACAUUCUGGAGGAUAAGCAACAGGUUCUUGCAUUACAGUGA